UUUAAAGAAGAAAUCCGCCCAACUUGAUCAGCCCAAAACUCUUCUUCCGCUCUUCAGUUCCGCUCAUCGACAGUUUGACAUCAUCAUCCUCAUCUCCAGUCUUCUUUCAUCUCACCAUGGCUCACUGUAGGGUGUAGCAGCUGGCAAUCGCCGCGCACAGCGUAUUCCUCCGCUGCACGCUCCUCCCGAAGCUUAGACGAUUGAAACCCUUAAACAAUGAGAAUAGCUUUUACUUUCUGCUCGCGCAAUCUCCACCACCUAUGUCACACUAUCAAACACCGUAAUCACAUUAGCUCAAGAACCAAUGGUGUUAUCAACGCUCAGCUUCAAAAUCCUUUUGCUUCCAAGCUGAGGUUUUUCUCAUCGGCUGAAAAUGAAAGCCCUGGGAAGCUUGAACUUGCUUCCCAGCCUGAAGAAACCAGCUUAGCUCUACCAAAGAAAACUCAGCUGCCACUUAAGGUUGAAGAUGUCAGCAAUACAGAGCUGAAAGGGUUGCUGCAAGACUACUUCAGCAAUGACAAAAAUGAUGUUCUCCCCAAUAUCAUUGAAGCCAUUAUGAAGAGGAAAUUACAUGGAAAGCAUGAUGACACUGAUGAUGAGUUAUUGGAAGAUUUCCGAAUGAACCGACUGGAACCUGUUGAUAAUGUUAACGAUGAAGAAUUUGAAGAAGAUUUUGAAGAAGCCCAUUCAACAGAUGAAGAUAUUGAUAAUUUGUAUGAUGCAACAAGUAUUGUGACGAAGAGAAUGGGACAAGAUGAGUAUUUCAACAUGGAUGAAAGAAAAUGGGAUGAUAUGAUUAGAGAGGCUGUUGCACAUGGACAUCUCAAGGAUACCAAGGAGUGUGAAGAAAUUUUAGAGGACAUGCUUCACUGGGAUAAGCUUCUACCUGAUGAGGUUAAGAUGAAGGUUGCUGAAAGGCUUGAUGAGAUAUCUGACAUGGUUGAAAAAGGUGAGCUUGAAGCUGAAGAAGGUUAUAAAUUGUACAAGGAGUUUGAGGAUCAAAUGGUUCUAGAAUGUACUAAACAUGCGGAGAAGGAGACUCUGCAAUUUGAUGGAUCUUCCAUUGCUGAUACGAAAAAGGAUGUGGAUGACCCACCUGGGGAGGGGCCGAUUCUUAGGUGGCAAACUAGGGCAGUUUUUGCUCCAGGUGGUGAUGCAUGGCACCCAAAGAACAGAAAGGUGAAAUUGGCUGUCACAGUCAAGGAGCUUGGUCUUUCCAAGCAUCAGUUUCGCCGCUUGAGAGAAUUGGUUGGAAAACGUUACCAUCCUGGGAGAGAUCAACUUACUAUCACGAGUGAAAGGUUUGAGGAUCGUGAAGAGAACAGAAAAGAUUGCCUUAGGACUCUAUUAUCCUUAAUUGAGGAGGCUGGCAAAGCAAAUAAAUUAGUAGCGGAUGCUCGUGCUGCAUAUGUGAAACAGAGACUGAAAAUGAAUCCACAAUUCAUGGCGAGAUUGCAUGCGAAGACAUCUAUGAUGAAAUUUACCUUUUAAUAUGCACGAUACAUCAAAAGAGUUGUGACCAAUCUUAAAGGAGGUGAGCAGCGGCUGCAGUACCUGCAUUGCAUAUACCUUCUGUCCUUGGGCAAAAGAUCCAGUCCUAUCUGACAAGAAGCUUCAACAACUCCUAUAGUCCAAUAGUCACCCAGAAAAUCUAAAACACCACUAGUAGUUGUGAAUGCCAAACAAUGUCACACCAAUUUGGCGACACGAAUACAUUUUUGAUUCAACAUGUAACUAUUAGAAAUUGCUCUAAGUAAGAGCAAAAACGUUUUGAAAUUCCAAAAUAAGAUUAUCAUGUUUUUUAUUCCCUGAAUUAGGGGUGGACCGGUUCUGGUUCGGGCCCGGUUCGGGCCCGGUUCGGGCCUCGGUUCAAGAAGGGGAGGCCCGGAAUCGGCCCGGGUAACCCCCGGGUCCGGGCUGGGCCUCGGUUCUUUUUUUUUUUUGGCUUUUCCUAGUUUACCCCCAACCCUCCCCCUCACCCCCAAACCAACCCUAACCACCUCAAAUGGCCCAAAAUACCUAGCCCAACCCAAAAACUUAAAAAAAUUCAAAAAAAAAAAAUUGGCCUGGCCCGGGCUCGAACCGACCGGGCCGGUUCACCUUUUGAAGGGCUCGAGCCCGAACCGCCAUCCCAUCGGGCCGGUUGGCCCGAACUGGGCCCGGAACCGGUUCACCGGUCCGGGCCGGGCCCGCACAGUAGCGGGCCGGCCCGGUUCCGAGCCGGUUGGCCCGGCCCGAGUCCACCCCUACCCUGAAUAGGAGUAACCUGCCAAGUUUGGACAAAAAUGUCAUGUUUAAAGCCUAAUAAUGUCAAACUUGGCAGAAAUGUACUCCUAUUCAAGGAAUAACAAACAUGAUAGUCCUAUUUUGGAAUUUCAAAACUUUUUUACUCCUAUUUAGGGAAUUCUCUCAUCACUACGGUUGAUUAUUCUUUUAAGUUUAAGGUUUACUCCUGUCGCCUUGGUUUAACGUUGCCAAACCAUAUUUGUGAACUUAAAACUAGGGUUGACCAUAAUCCGGACGACCAAAAUUGGACUAGACUGGUCAAUCAAGACUAGACUCGGACUGGAUAGAUAUCAGGUCUUUGGUCCAAGGGCUUUACCAAUUCUGGUCUGGUCUUCGGUCCAUGGGCUUUAUUGAUUCCGAUUUCGGUCCGGUCCAAAAUCUGGAAUUUUGCGGUCCGGAUCGGUUAGAUUGAAAUUAAAUUAUUAUAUAUAUACAUAUAUAAAUAUAUUUUAUAUAUGUAUUAAAAUUGUACACACAGACACGUGCACAGUACAUUAAUUAUGCUACUUAAAAAGUACAUUAACUAAGUGGGUCAAUACUUAAAACAUUAACCCAAGUUACAUAUGUAGUAUCAUUACACAUUUACAUUAGCAAAGUUUUGUAGCAUAAAAACAUUAGGAGUUAGAAUUAGGGAUGGAUUCGGUUCGGGCCACCCGGCCCGGCCCGGUACUGUGCGGGCCCGAACCGGUGGGAAGGGCGGGGCGGGCUCGGUUCAGCAUUUCUGUGACCCGGCCCGGGUCCGGUUUUUUUGUUUGGGCUCCUACUAGCCGUUGGGGGUGGGGCUGGGGACAAC